AUGAUUAGUAAUAUUAUUGAUGCAGAAAAAUUAAAUGACGAUGUUGAUGAGAAAACGACUGAUGAUGAAGAUGAAACUGAAGUUCUGGUUACUGUCGAAAAUUUACCAUCGACAUCAAUGGUACAACAAAAUAAAAGGAAGCGGAAGAAAGGCGUUUUCAAUAAAGAAUGGUUAAAAAUCGCCAAAUAUCAACGAUUUUUAAAAGAGUAUAAAUCGAACUCGUCUCAAGCAACAUGUAUAGUCUGCAAUCUUCAAUUUUCUGUUCAUUAUCGAGGCAAAACUGACAUAGAUAAUCACAUGAAGACUCAGAAACAUCAAAGCAAUAUGAAGUCUUUUGAUAUGAAUCAACAGUUAAUAACAAAUACAAUGAAACCUUCCAGAGAAAAGGAUGAAAUUGCUGCAGCUGAAGGUACUCUAGUAUAUCAUGGUGUGAAACAUGGACAUUCAUAUUUAUCUCAACAAUGCUUGACAAAUGUGUGCAAAAUAAUAUUUGCAUCUUCAACAGUCGCAAAUAGUUUAUCAUGUACUCGAACCAAAUCAACAUCCAUUGCUGUAAACGUAUUAGCGCCAUGUUUUACUCAACAUUUACUUGAUGAUUUGAAAAAGUUCUCAUAUUUUUCUUUAUUAUAUGAUGCUAGUAAUAAAGGAAAUGCAAAAUUAUUUCCAUUUUGCGUUCAAUUUUUGUCUGUUACAGGAAUAAUUGAUGUAAUUGAUGAUGCUGAUGAAUCAGCAAUUAAAAUUUUUGCGAAUACACGUCAAUUGCUUUUGGAUAAUGGUUUAGAUAUGCAUGAAUUAACAGCAUUAGGAGCUGAUAACACGAACGUCAAUGUGGUUAAUAAUCAUUCAGUUUAUUCGUUAUUUAAAGAUGAAGUACCUGAUAUUCUGAAAGAUACGGAAUUUAUGGCAUUAUUAGCAAAUUCCAAUUUACCUGACUUUGGCUUUACUAAAGGAACUGACCACCAUCCGAAGUCCAACUUAUUACAAGGUUUUCUUUCAUCAGUAGAUAAACGUCAAUUAAGCAUUAUGAAAGAAGAUACAACUUUAUCAGUUACAGAUGAACGGUAA